CCAUUUCCCACGGUGAGCUUUUAUCGGAAACCUUGUCAUUGCAAAGUCUGUGUUUCUACAAAAACAGAAAAUCACAAGAUGAACAUUACUUGAGGCAACCCUAAGGCCACACUCGGUUAUUUCGACAUGAUCUCGUUCCACAGGAAACCAUUCUCUUGUUAUUGAUAAUAAAUUUAUUUGCGCAUGCGCGAAGUAAAAAAAAGUAAAGACUAAAUCUAUUUCUUGAAAAGCACCAAAAAUCGUAAACGUCAAAUCUGGUGUGCUUUUAUGAUGUAUAAAGGACAACAUGUGUAUCUAAAUAAUUUUUUGGCUUUUAAGUAUUUUCAAUGUCCUUCACAUUGUAAACAAUAUGGCGCCGCCCAUCCAGCAUGUUGUGCAUGCUGAUGGGAGAGAAAGUGGUAUUGAUCAGGUAGGACCUUCUCAAACGACAACUGCAGUCAUUGAAAGUGCAGAUGAAAAGUGGAAUCGAAGGAAAGACAAAUUUAAAAAGGGAUUCCUUCUGACAUCAGUAGUAGGUCUAGCUACUUACUUCCAGUUCAAGAGUGCAUAUGCCCUAGCAGCCAAGAAAGGUGAUGGCAGUACCAUUACACCAGUCAAUAUUGGUAGGGCAGAAAUGAAGUGGGCCUCCAAGGCCUUGGCAUAUGGAACCAUUCUGGCGAUAUCUGGAACUGGACUGGUCUGUUUUCUGGUAAAAAAGGCCAUGGGGGUUAACAAUUUGGUUGAAUUCAAAGAGAGAAUGCAUGAGAUUUUUCCUCAAGCCAAGAAGUCCCCGAAAACUGGAGACGAAUCUGAGAAUAUAGAGACUGUGGAGGACUUUAUAAAAUAUAUAACAGAGGAUAAAAAGAAAAAGACAGCUACUGAAAAGUCUAAUUCUGAAGAUACAUGAUGAUAGUUGAUCAUUAGAAACAGAUUUUUCAUUGUGGUCGUUGUGUGUGAUAAGUUUGUUUUAGUGAGAGUGAAUGUAAAAAAAAGGAUAAGGUUAGUCAAAUACAUGUACAAAGAUUUCUACCAGACUGAGUAUAUACCCGUAAAUCACAAUUUAUAUUCAGAGAUGUGAAAGUUUGUACUGGUUUUGCAAAUUGUAUUUAAUGGUAUGAACAAAGGAGGACAGUGUGUGUUUUGUGAUUGACUAAUGCUCCAACUUUUUAUGAAUAAACAAUACUGUAUGAAUUCAUUUAAAAUUAGGAACGAGCAAAUUAAAGAUUUUAUCCAAAAAGUGGAAAAUGUCAUUUAGUAUUUGUACAUUGUAUAAUUAAAUUUGUGUGAUUUCAA